AUGAAUUUCGGCGUAGACAAAGAUAGUUCAUUAAUUGAUACAUCAGUUUUACCAAAUGAUAUAUUUACACAAUUUAAAUUUGACUCACUUCAAAAGUUUCAAUCAGGUUUUGGAUUUUAUUCUGAAGAUACUACUGGUAUCAUUCCUAAAGUUGAAUACGAUUCGUCGACAAACUCAUUCAUUGGAUUUACAACACCAAUUGUUGAUGGUAUUCCAUUGAUGAAACAUUAUCAAGCUGAUACAUUUGAUGAUUUUAAAAUCAUUUAUAAGACCAAUGAAACAGCACCAUUAUUGAAUGUGCAUAUGUUUCAAAGUAUAUCAACAGAAGAUGAUCCAACAAAUUUUCCGAAACCAGUUUUACUCUCUGCUUAUGGUGUUGACAACAAAUUUACAGCUAUGGAUAUUUUACGACGAUGGAUGUAUAUUUUUGAACGUUGUUUAGAUAAAGAUGUUCGCAUUAUCGGAUUUUCUACAGAUCCGGUACAUAUCGUUACCAAAUGGCGUAAUCGAUUGUUAUCAUCAACAGCGGAUUUAUAUAUUGGGAACGAUAAAAUUAGUAUGGCACAUAUAGAACAACUAAUCGAUAACAAUAGUUAUACAAAAUUAGAUCAUGGUUUGACGAAAAGUGAUAUUAAUCCUAAAGAUCGCCAAAAUUAUAAUUCAUGUAUUAAGUUAAUAUCAGACGAUGUAAUAAAUCUUCUUAAUGAUAGUAUAGAUAGCAAUGGGACAGUUGUUUAUUUAACAUUGUUAAAAAUGAUAGUAAAAGCAUACAUUGAUAAAUCGACAAGUAGUCAUGAACGUAAGUCCAUUUUUAACAUUAGAGACGAAAAAAGUCAAACUGAUUAA